GUCCUACAGAAACGCAAAGAAUACUCUGAAGUAAAGCGAGUACUAAAGCAAAAUACGAUUAGAUUUCAAACUCCGUACCCUACUAAACUUCGAGUGUUUUAUGACAACGGGACGCAGUUGUACCAGACGGUGGAAGAGGCAACUACAGACAUGAAGGCCAGAGGGUUGCCCGUCAGUGUCACCAAAAUGAGGAAAAGCCUGACUGAGGAACUGUCCCGCUCCGCUUGGGAAAUAGUGCGAGAAUCGAGAAGGCAGGAAACGGGAGGAGGCCGAAAGAAAUAUGUCAGGAAGAGACCAGGAGUUUCCCAAAGACAGUCCUCACCCCCUUCAGAAGAGCCAUAAGGUUUAGCUAACUUUAAAAAUGUUGAGAAGCUAAAUGAAAGCAAAAGUACACGGUGAUAUACUUAUCUUGAGAAAUACUUAUUAUAAUAUGGAUUAUAACCUACAAUUUGAGAAGGAGAAGAGAAAAUCGCAUGUGUCAGUAUUACAGUUGAACAAAGGGAACUAUGGAGCUAUGAGGGAGGAGUUGGCCAAAGUUCAAUGGAAUAAUACAGUGGAACAAAAAUGGCAGGUAUUUCUGGGAAUAAUGCAGAAGGCGCAGGAUCGGUUCAUUUCAAACAGGAAGAAAGAUCCUGAGGGGAGUAAGGGGUGGCCGUGGCUGAUGAGGGAAGUAAAGGGCAGUAUAAAAAUAAAAGAGAAGAAGUAUAACAUAGCAAAAAUGAGCUGGAAACCGGAGGACUGGGAAGCUUUUAAAAAAGCAACAGAAGAUAACAAAAAAGCUGAUUGUUGGCAAGCAUUUUGGGGAGUCGGCGCCGGGGGUGAGAGAGAGAGAGAGAGAGGACGCGAUGUUGUAAGCUUGGCGAUGGAACGGACCCCAAGUGGGGGUCCGAGGCCAGGAGGUUCGGCGAGGAGAGGAGACAAAGACAGACGUGCUUGGUUGAUCACUUCGGGAGGUCCUGCGCUACGAGUCGAGGAUGUCUGAGAGGAUCGAAUGAUGGUCAGAAGACUUCGUUAAUUGAGCUCCAACGGUUGUGCACAAAGUGGUUUGGACUUUCAUAAGUUUUGGUGCCUUUUCUUUAUUUUCUUUUCCUUCAUUAAUACUGUAUCGUUAUUAAUCACUUAGUUCUAGUAAUCUCUAUAAAGUGUAAUUGUUUAAUCGCUUAUAGUAUACUGUCUGUUAUUUGGCAGGUGGGGGACAUCACA